AUUAAAGAAUAAUAAAAAAAAAGUUGUCGAUUAAUUUGAAGUUUAGUCACUAGGUACCAGCACCCUGGAUUGAACGGCUGAGAGCUCAAGAUCAAGGAUUUAAAAUAUGGAUUAAUGGCUUUUGUUUAAAAUGUCUCCUGACAAUGAGACAAGUAUAGAAACCAUGGCUGAAGACAUGGAAAAUCAACCGGGUGGAGACGAAACUCAUUCAGAAACAAAUGACUCGAGAGCUGGUCAUGGUGAUGGUUCACAAGAGAGUGGAGUUGAAACGGUUGUUUGUCCAGACUCUUUGACAUCACAUGGAUCUGUGCAAGGUGAAGGCAGUGAUGCUUCUAGUAUAUACACCGCUAAUACAUCUGUUUCUGGUUAUGAAACUAGUUCCAGUCGCAUGAGCGCUAUUACUGUUGUGCUACCCUGGGGUGCGCAAAAAGAAACAGUUAAACCGCAACACAUGGAAGACAUGGACUUGAGACCGGGUGAAUUUGUAAUGCGAAACCUCUUCGCUGAUUUUGCAGCUCAAGCGGAGAGAAAAAUAGAAGCUGUUAUGACAGACACAGAGAAAACUCUAUCAAAAGUACUACAGCGUGGAGAAGAUGCUCAGUUUGAUCAAUUAUUAUCAGCAUUUGGUGCAGUUGCUGACCAUUGUCUUCCAUCAAUAGUCCGUGCGUUAUUCAGGUGGUACGAGAGGCAGCUUGCCGACCAGGGUAUCGAUCAAAAGAAGCCAGCGUCUGGAAAGGAGGAUCAAAAAGGAAAAAGUAUUAUGUACACAAUAGUAUCAGGUUCUGGUAACGUUGAAACAGCGCCUGAAAAAAGUGAAGCGGAUUUACUUCAAGAACGACGUGACUUAGCAGUUGAAUUUAUAUUUUGUCUUAUGUUAAUUGAAGUCCUUCGUCAGCUACCAUUUCAUCCAGGUCAUGAAGAUUUAGUAACAGAAAUAGAAAAUAUUGCGUUUAAACACUUUAAAUAUCGCGAAGGUAUCCAGAAUGAGCCUAAUGCAACAAAUAUACACAUAAUCGCUGAUUUAUUCGCUGAAGUUAUUGGUGUGUUGGCUCAGUCACGUUUUAUGGCUGUGAGAAAACGUUUUAUGAUCGAAUUGAAAGAAUUACGAGCUAAGGAACCCGGACCACAUACGACGCAAAGCAUAAUAUCGUUGUUAAUGGGAAUGAAAUUCUUCCGCGUGAAAAUGGUUCCUAUUGAAGAGUUUGAAGCUUCAUUUCAAUUUAUGCAAGAAUGCGCCCAGUAUUUCCUUGAAGUUAAAGACAAAGACGUGAAGCACGCUCUUGCUGGACUAUUCGUUGAAAUACUAGUACCUGUUGCCGCAGCUGUUAAGAAUGAAGUUAACGUUCCUUGUUUGAAAAACUUUGUUGAAAUGCUUUACUCGACAACACUGGACAUGUGUACCAAAUCAAAGCAUCGUCUAGCUCUUUUUCCACUGGUAACCUGCUUGCUGUGUGUCAGUCAGAAGACGUUCUUUUUACAAAACUGGCACUACUUUCUAGCAAUGUGUCUCUCACAUUUAAAAACACGUGACCCGAAGAUGAGCAGAGUCGCGCUAGAAGCUCUCUAUCGUCUUCUUUGGGUUUAUAUGAUUAGAAUCAAAUGCGAGAGCAAUUCAGCGACUCAAAGCCGGCUUCAAAGCAUCGUGAAUUCAUUAUUCCCCAAAGGAUCUAAAGCUGUAAUGCCACGUGAUACGCCUUUGAAUAUUUUUGUUAAAAUAAUUCAAUUUAUCGCUCAAGAGCGGCUUGAUUUUGCUAUGAGAGAAAUAGUAUUUGAUUUACUGUCCGUCGGAAGGCCUGUUAAGAUUAUUUUAACGCCCGAGCGCAUGAGCAUUGGCUUGCGUGCAUUUUUGGUGGUUGCUGAUAGCUUGCAGCAGAAGGAGGGUGAGCCCCCGAUGCCGAGGACUAUGGGAGUCUUACCGAGUGGUAAUACAAUGCGUGUGAAGAAAACUUUUCUCAAUAAAAUGCUGACUGAAGAUACUGCUAGGAGUAUUGGAAUGUCUUCGUACUUUCCGCAUGUACGUCGAGUUUUUGUAGAUAUUCUAAGAGCACUGGACGUUCAUUACGGUAGACCGUUGAUGAUGACAAGUACUCAGAAUAUGAACAAAGAGCCCGAUGAAAUGAUAACUGGAGAAAGAAAACCUAGGAUUGAUCUUUUCCGGACGUGUGUUGCUGCAGUACCGAGAUUAAUUCCCGACGGAAUGACCGGGGCUGAGUUGGUUGAUUUGCUUUCAAGGUUGACUGUGCAUAUGGAUGAAGAACUCCGUGGAUUAGCGUAUCAGAGCUUGCAGACUUUGGUUAUUGAUUUUCCAGACUGGAGGCAAGACGUCGUGAUGGGAUUCACGCAAUUCUUAGCCCGAGAUGUGCAAGACACUUUCCCUCAAUUGGUUGACAACGGAUUGAGAAUGCUUCUUCAGCUUUUGACCUCUUGGAAGAACGCUCUGAUUAGUCCGAGCCCCCGGGCGAAGGAACAAGCUAUUGAGAGCCAGCGGAUAAAUCCGAGAAUAGAUCCUGCUGUUAAAAAAGUCGAUACGUCUGCUCAGAAAGUCGAACAAGCGUCCACUGUAUUUCAUCUUGUGGAAGGAUUUGCUUUAGUGAUGCUGUGUAAUUGUAGAUUGUACCCCCGGCGGCUUGCGGUUCAUAUUCUUCGAGAGGUUAAAGUCUUGCUGAAAGCUUUAGGAGGUCCGGAGACUGACCAGCCGGUUAUUGAUGUAAUUGAUGCAUCUUGUCCAGCGGUUAUUGAAAAAUGUUAUCAUCUAUUACCGCCAGCGGAAAAAGCUGCUGCUGCUUCUACGUCUAAUGUUGAUCUUCAGUGGAUCGCUGACAGAAGUAGUUGUGUCUGGACUGCAGGAUUUCACGAUGAAAACAGCACCAAGAGUUCAUCGCUGCUUAAUCUUAAUGGAGUUGAUCCCUGGAGUUUAUGCUUGUUUGCCUUUUUAGAAAGGGAUCGUGUGCUUACUUUGUGUCCCAAUGCUACUGCACACUCCUGGCCGAUUGUUUUUACGCGGAUUAAUUCUCUUUUUAGUGUUGUAGAUCCUACGCCAGUUAAUGAUAACAGAGCUUCACUGUUAAGAAGUUCAACAGCUGUAAGAAAACCAGUCAAUGAAAGAGAUGUCUACAUGCACAUAUGGAAAAAUUAUUUAACUUUCGGCUAUCGUGUCGUUCCUCCAAUACCCAGUCCAAUAAUCCGAUGCGCGAGUCCAGAUUUAAGUCUCAGUGGUCAGCAUACGGUGGAGUUUGGUGUGUUGUGCAUGAGUAAGGAGUUGAGUCAAAGCCUGGAGAACCUCGGCGGGGCCCAGACCCUGCCGGGACGAUUCUCCGUUCCGUCCAUAUCCGGCAUCUACACCAGGCAUAAGCGGACCAGCUCAUCGCCGGAUAGUUUGUCAGCUGAACGUGGGGACAAUAAAUCACCAGGAACCAACGCCAGCCCGGCUGCAUUGUACAAACUUACUGUACCGCUCUUGAGGUGUGAAGCAGUUGAUGUACGCGAUGCUGUUGUCCAUGCUAUUGGAAAAGUCAAUGCAGAUGCAUUAAAAGACUUGAUGGAAGAAUUAGUUCCUUAUAUUCGAGAAGCUGUGGAUAGAAAGCAAGAAAAUAUGCGAAGACGUAGGCGCAGAGAUGCUUUGAGACUCCAACUUGUCAGAGUUUUAGAGCUAGUCGCAGAGUAUGGAACUUUUGGAAUUUGUCCCGCUGUGCUUGAUCGCGAGACUCAGUCUCUUCACCCGACAUUUGUGGAAUACAUUGACGGAGCGAGACUGUACUUAGAAAAUGAAACUGACAAAGAAGCUCUGGCUGUAAGAGAUAUAAAACUUCAUUUUUGUAAUUUUAUAAGAAAAAUGAUAAAAAGUUUCUCAAUUGAGGCGUGCCAUCUACUGUUGAAACGAGAUUUGCGUCGCAACUUGUUUACACUAUUUGCAACUUGGUCCGGACCGUAUGGUAAACCAUUGACGAAUGUGUCUUCAACUUUUGACGAAGAUAAAUCAUGUUCAGAACUCCAGUUAUCGGCUUUGCAAGCGAUGAGUAGUCUUUUGUGUUGUGGACCCUGCUUUAAUCCUCAAUCGUUGUCUGAAGAAGGCGCUAUAUUGUAUCAGUGGCUUGAUCUAUUACUUGCCAGUAAAGAUGAGAAGAUUUACACUCUUGCACGUGAAACAGUUGUUUUAUUAUUGGAAGGAAACCCUGACAUUGGAACUUUGCUUGAUUGGGUAGUGGAUAGAUGUUACACAGGCCUUCCGCAAGUAGCUGAUGGCUGUUUUCUCGCAUUAGCUACAAUUUUUAGCGCCAGAGAGUAUCCUUGCGACCAUUACACCAGCGUUAUAAACGUCAGUCUGAUGAAUACAGGUUGCCCACGCGUAUCAGUACAAGAUGCAGCCCUCCAACUUCUCCAGCUUCUAGACCAAAGGUUCUUUGGUAAUGUAAGACCUCUUCCAACCGCAGAGCUUGAAACAAAUCAAGAAGAAUGUCCGUUGAAUUCAUUGAUAAAUCCUGGUACCACUAUGCCCGGGGCUAUAUCAUCAUUUGGAACAAAUAUCCCAGUAAAAGCUGGUACUCUUGAUGCUCUACUCACCGCAUCUUAUUGUCGGAAUCAAAUGUAUUUGUCAAGGCAACUCGCUCAACUUCAUCCUGAGCUUACGAUGCCGAUGUUUAGCGAGAUAACUCACAGAUUCCAAACUGCCAGACGUGAAGUGCGACAACUGUUGCUCCAAUAUUUAUUACCGUGGCUGCAUAAUAUGGAAUUGGUUGAUCCAAAUGUUCCUCCGCCUGCUAAUCCUUCUAGUUAUUAUCAGUAUUAUACGAGUGACGUUACUCGUGGUGGUACUAAACGUGAAGGAUGGGGUACUGCGGAAGCUACGGAAAUGGUUCUCAAUAAUUUAUUUUACAUAACUGUUAAGUUCUCAGAUGAGCAUCCUAAAGAAGUAGAAGAACUCUGGUCAACAUUAUGCGGCUGCUGGCCGAACAAUCUUAAAGUUAUAAUACGUUACUUAAUAAUCAUCUCCGGAAUGGCACCACAAGAAUUACUACCUUACGCAAAAAGAGUUGUACUUUUCCUAGCUAGGUCACGUCCGGAGCGUUUAGUAGACGAGAUGAUGACGGAAUUACAAACAGUUGAAACAUUAAAUUGUUUAAUAGAACGAACAGAAACUCCGCCGUUUUAUAGGCUUACAAGUAUGAGAAAAGCGUCAUCACACAGUGACGCACCAGCUGCAGAUCCAGGUAAUCCAUCACGAGACUUAGCGGUAGAGAAAGGAACAAUUCAUACUAAAAGACACUCGGGAGAAGAUCCUGUUAAAACAGGCUCCAAGUCUGACACUGCUCUACGAGCUUUAGCUGGUUUCCAGACACCUCGCGUUGAGAAAACUCGAACCACAAGUGGGCCACCUAUUUUGCCAGAUGAUUUGUCAACUCCAACCACUGAGGUUGAAUUAACAACCGACGAGACAAUUUAUGUAACACGUAUCGGAAGUUCUGUUACCAACAAAGUUAACCAUAGUGAAAAGUUUGAUAUACCUCAGCCCCAUCCAUUACCUAUGCCCGAAUACGGCGGGUACUUUGCGCCGCUGACAGAAUAUUUACCGGAUAGUUCUCAGCCUAUAAGUGGAUUCCAUCGGUGCAACAUCGCGGUAAUGCUUUUAACAGACAUUGUCGUCGACGGUAUACAAUUAGACUGGGCAAUCCACGUGCCUUUGAUGCUGCACAUAAUAUUCCUUGGACUAGAUCAUUCGCGCCCACUAGUACGUGAUCACUGUCGUAUGUUGCUGAUAAAUUUACUGGUAGUCCUCGGUGACCAUCGUGAUCAUUUGGGCGUAGCAAGACUGCUCCUGGCAUCACGAACUGAACAACUAGGUCUAGGUCUAAGUACCCCAGCACUGCCGAUAUUGGAGCACAAUUUCACCGAAGUUGAUCCGGAAUUCGAUGCCUAUUUAUACGGGCCACCUGCGGUAGCUCCAACCGCAACAACGACAACUCCACCAAGAUCAAAUACACCACCGGCUGUUUACUCUCCACCGCCUGCACCGCCGCUACCUGAGCCAUCGUCUUCACCCGUACUGACCUCAUCGGAUGCCUCUCCGUCGCACUCGCCAAUUCCUUCCGCUUCAGUGACACCACCUACUCUUCUAGCGUCUCAAGCUAAAGAUCAAUCAAAGGAGUCCAACACUUCACUAAUUGGAGCUUCUCCACCCAUUCCUCCUCCACCUCCGCCUCCACCUUUCCCAACCUCACCGCCCGCUCCCACAUCAACGAAUCCAUCACCCUCCCACUCACCCAUCCCAACAACUUCAGUAACUCCCCCGACUCCAGCUCAAGUUCAAUCAAAAGAAUUAGACAAUACGCCACUACGUGCCUGGCCCGCGUCAGCAGGCUCGUCUACCGGAGUUCCACCAGUUAUUGUAACUCCAGAAGACGCUGGUAAUUGGGCAGGACCGCAACCGGGGCCUAAUAUGCCGAUCCAAGAUGUUAUUAGAUCACUUAUAAACUUUUUAGCUUCGAAAACUAAUCAGCCACUUUGGAACUACGAAGAUAUGACUGCUAAAGUUUGGUGGGUCAGAAGCGCCGAGCAGCUUACUGUUUUGUUGAGACACGUUUUGAGAGUCUUCAGGGAUUCAUUGCCUCAUGCACACGUGAGCCAGCGAUGGGCUGAAACUGCAUUGCAACUCGGAUUAUCUUGCUCAUCCAGACACUAUGCAGGUCGGUCUCUUCAAGUCUUCCGGGCGCUUCGCGUUCCCAUUACUUCGCGAAUGCUGUCAGAUAUCCUCUCAAGACUCGUCGAGACGGUCGCUGAGCAGGGCGAGGACAUGCAAGGAUAUGUCACCGAGUUGUUGCUGACUCUCGAAGCUGCUGUUGACUCACUAGAGUCUGAUUUCCGGCCGCUAGAUUUUAUGAAGGAAAUAUUCAAAUCAACGCCCAAUUUGAACAAUAAGGAUCCCGCUUCGGGGAUUAUUUUAGGCAAAAGAAAUGUCGGUGGAGUUUGUGGCUACCCUGGAGCACAUGUGUUCACACAUUUAAAUCACGCGAGUGGUCAUACGCGCAGUACUAGUUACUCUGUGAGCUACUGCAUGAGAAAAUCUGCUGCUGGGUCGGCUACCACAACUUCAACUGAUCCGAAGGAACUUGAUUCACGAGUUUGUGGCAACAAAUAUCCCAACUCAAAUCUCUCAAGGUCAAGAUCUGCGCAAUCACUGAAGCUUCUUGGGGAUUCAGCGACUCAAGACGACAAAAUGACUAUCUUAGCUCAAUUAUUUUGGCUGUCAGUGUCAUUACUUGAGUCUGAUUACGAGCACGAGUUUCUAUUAGCUUUGAGAUUGCUUGGAAGAGUAUUACAUAGAUUGCCACUGGAUCGUCCGGACGCCAGAGACAAAGUUGAGAAACUUCAACAGCAAUUAGGAUGGAACUCAUUUCCCGGCGUGCAUGCUUUGUUGCUAAAAGGAUGCACUAGUCCGAAUACUUACGAACCGGUGGUGACAUUAUUAUCUCAAUUUACUCCGCUUUUAGAUCUACCUUUUGUUGAUCCCACCCAGAAUCUGGCAUUCCCGAUGAAUGUUAUUUCGUUGUUACCUUACAUGUUAUUGAAUUAUGAGGAUGCCAAUGAGCUGUGCAUCAGAAGUGCGGAAAAAAUCGCUCAAGUUAGUGCAGAAAAAGGAAAAAAAUUGGACCACUUGGGUACUGUUAUGACGCUAUACUCUCGACGGACUUUUAGCAAGGAAAGUUUUCAGUGGACCAAGUGUGUCGUAAAAUAUCUGUACGACACUUACGCUCACUUGAGCUUCAAUAUGCUGGCAUUUCUUGUUGAAGUUUUAGAAAAAGGACCUGCCAGUAUUGCACUUCCUGUUCUAAGUAUUAUUCAUUGCUUAUUGCAUUAUGUCGACCUUGCAUCGAAAGCCGCUCAACCAAUCAAUACUGAGUUGUUAAGAGUUAUCUCGAAAUACGUUGAGGGUCCUCUUUGGAAGGAAGCUUUGAAGAUAUUGAAGCUAGUUGUCACAAGAUCAUCAACACUCGUCGCACCGCCUACAACUGUUCACGGUUCGUCGUGGGAACCAUCUCUAACUUCUCCUCAUCCGAGUUUCACCGACACUGAAAUAUUUACCAAAAAAGAAUUACCCG